AGUUCUCUACGUUGAUAUUGAUGUUCAUCAUGGAGAUGGUGUCGAGGAAGCAUUCUAUACUACUGAUCGUGUAAUGACGGUCUCGUUUCAUAAAUACGGUGAUUUCUUUCCGGGAACAGGCGAUCUAAAGGACAUUGGUGCAGGCAAGGGUCGUCUUUACUCACUCAAUGUCCCAUUGAAGGAUGGCAUUACUGAUGACGCAUAUCAAAGCAUAUUCAAACC